UUGCCCAUUGGCUACUGUGUAACAAUGUGAGUUGGCAGGAAGGAGUCGGCAAGGACAAGCUACUGGCUGGGAUGUGAGUGUGAGCGAGAGGCACAGAGCGAGGCACCCGGGGCCCCGGAACGAAGAGAAGACAUGAGUGCAUAUUGUCUGGAUGGGAACGACAGGAAGAAAAUGCUGUACCUGGCACUUUGGAGCAGAGACCUUGGCAGGAAUCUCAAGCUCUCCCCAAUGCCAAGAGCAGCCGUGGGUGAUUGUCCCACAGACAGGAGUGUGUUCCCUGGGCUGGAAUUCCGGCCACUGACCGACCAGGCGAGCUGGGGCUCCGACACUCUAACAAGGGACGACCUCUCUACCAAUAAUCUAAUCAGUAAGACGCCAGUUAGGAACCAUGGAAGUCGCUGGCUGCUGGCGGGGGGGAUAUUCCCGGUGAUCCUGCUCUUUGCCGCCUUUAUCGUCCUGCUGCCGCUCUACCUACAGGACCGCUCCUACCUGCAGAGAGACCGCCAGCAGAUGGAGGUGCUACACCUGAAUGAGAGUGACUCAGUGGAGGAAAUAACGGAGUGCCAGGAAGCUGCCGUCCCCCUGUCCAACAAUGUGUCUUCCCUAAAUUCGACCCUCAGCCUCCUGCAGGAGGGCCUCAUCCCUGAGCUCCAGCGGAACCAAACCCAACUGCUUCUGGAGCUAGUGGGCCUAGAGACCACCUAUCAGAACCAUAGCAACCAGUCCCGGGCCCUGCAGGGAACCUAUGAGCAGCUGAAAGGGACUUACUACUUCAUUCCCCGGGAGGGCCCACUGCUCCAGCACUGCGGCCUACGGGAUUCUGAGAGCGACUCCCGUGUGUGCCCCUUCUGCCUCUCUGGGUGGCAUUUCCUUGGCACGUCCUGUUAUUUGUUGUCUUCGGAGGCUGAAAGCUGGGAAGAGAGCUCUGUUUGGUGCAGAAAGGAAGGGGGCCAUCUGGUGGUGAUUAACGGUACUGCAGAGCAGGAUUCUGUGCUAGAACUGCUGAAUGAGACAGUUUGGAUUGGACUUUCAGACCUGGAAGCGGAAGGAGACUGGCGCUGGGAAGAUGGAAGCCACAUUGAGUCCAGAUUCUGGUUGCCAGGGCAGCCUAGCAACUCUGGGGAUGAUGACUGCGCCACGUUGGUGCCCACGGCCGGGUGGAAGGCUGACCGUUGCGCCAAGCUGUACCUGGGCUUGUGUGAGAGGAGUGCCGACGAGCUGACGCUGCCCAGAGAUGCUUCUCUUAGCUAGUCUGUUACACACCCAGGGGCCACAGUGGCCCCACACAGCUUCAUGCUGGGACACCGUCUGACCCCAAUAGCAAUGAGGUACCCAGGCCCUGAGUUAUUGUUUAGUCGCCCAAAGGGGUGGUUCAGCUUUAAACUAACUUU